GUUUGGGCCGUGACGGAGCUUGUACACGUAGCCUAGUAGAAUGUGUUCACUGAAGAUGGCGGCCCUGUGUGAGACUUACAGUCCUGCAUAUUUCUACGCCUGACUUUGGUUUCUUCAGUAACAUCUCUCAAAGUGAUCUGGUCCUUGGACUUGCUCUGCAGACAUGCAGCCAGCUCCUCGGGGUGGCGUGCCUGGCGUCUCUGCCCCUAGUAGGUCAGGCAGGAUAAGGCCUCAAAAGCAGGCAACGUCAGCGACAGCUACCAGGCCUCCUCCUGCUCAGCCCAUUACAGACCCUUUUGCUUUUGGCAGAGCUCAACCCCCCAUGGCGGCAGGAGGUCUUCCUACAAUACCUAACAGCAACCCUCCACAAAUGCAAACUCCACCUAACGUCAUGUACUCUCAGCUUGGCUCUGGACUCCCUCCACAACCGCAAAUGCUGGAAAACGUUGGAGCUGCAGGAGCUGGUCCACCCCCACCCUCUCUACCAGGGGUGACUCUCUUCACCCCUCAGAGUGCAGCAUCUCCUGGUGGUUUCCCAUCGCCAAGUCCCACAGGCUAUUCGUCGGCUAACAGCGAACAGGAUUAUUUCAAUUCAAGAGAUCCAACAUCAUCUAUGCCUACAGAUGCAUCCCAUACGGUACCAGCACCUAGUAACACACUUUUUAACCAGGACUUUCAGGCCCAACAUCUUGGUCAUUCUUUACCUUUUCAACCUCUCCCUCUAACAUCUUCGUCUUCUCAGUGGGUUCCUGAUCACUCUAGCCGCCCUCCCUCAGUUCAGAACUAUUUCCAACCAACUACUGAUCCACCAGCACGACCCUCUAAUAUACCACCACAGACCCAGAUGUACCCCACCCACAGCCAAUCACCCCACCACAAUGCCCCUACCCCUUUAGCUCAUCCCGGAAAUCCCCAGAGUCAAGCCCCUCCUAUUCCACUUCAGAACCCUGGACCAGCUGCCAGCUCUCUGUUGCCUGACCCAAAUGGACCUCCGCAGCAUAAUUUAAAUUUUCAAACCCAGAGUUAUUUCAGUCAGAGUUCUGCGCCCCAUGAUUUAUGGUUCAACCAACCUGCACAGGACUCAGGCUACCACCAAAUGGGUACUGGCUCAAGCCAUCCUCCGCCCCCUACAGACUUCUCUGGAUCCCCUCAUGUUUCCAACACUGGGUACAGGCCUGCCAGCCAACCCGGGCCGAGUUCUGCCCCUUCCUCUGAUGCAUACGCUCAGGACUCGGGUACAAUCUCAAUGUUUUUCAAAGGCAGUGAUGUGGAAAAUGAAGAAACGCUUGCUGAUGAAAGAAAUAAGGCGUUAAACGGUGUUGCCACAUCAUUUCAGCCUAACAGUAACCCACCGGCCCAGAGCAGUCAUCCAGAUCUCUCUGUGGAUUACCAAGGAGUUUCUGUUCUGGAUCAUUCAUGCCUUCCAUACAUGAAUGAAAGCAGUCAUCCUUCACAGGGACACAACCAGAAGCCUCCAGAGAGUGACUUUGACCAUGUUGAGAAUUUGGAGUGUGUUCCAAACCAGGAAGUUCUGCCCAAUGAAUCCAGCAGCAGUGCUACUGCUGCACCUAACGCAGUAGAACAGUUUGAAACAGGACCCAAUCUGGAAACUCCAGAUUCUAUUCCAAGACCAAUGAGAUCCGCGAGUGUGUCAUCCAACUACAGCAAUUUAAGCCAUGGAAGUGGAACUGGCCCUCGUCGGCACCAGGGAGUCGAAGGAACUUUUAUUCAGCAGGAAAGCCCGCGUCUCGUCGAUAAUCCCAGCGCUCCUCCGGCUGCUGCCGCUGCUGGAGGCUACUUCGAACAGAUUGAUACAUCUCCAGGUGGUGAGGUGGGCAUCCACCAGGGUUCGGUAGAGCAUAUGUGGCACCCAACACCCAGCCCCCCGAAACCAACGGGUAUUUUCCAAGCAAGUGCAAAUAGCUCAUUUGAACCUGUUCGCUCGCACGGAGUUGGAGUACGUCCUGUGGAAGUUGACCGAGCUAAAAUGGUCGCUGAAGGAGGUGCUGAUUGUACAUCUGGUAACUUGGAACAGCCACCAGACAAUAUGGAAAACAUUUUUGGGUCAGGACAAGCUGCAGCCUCUGCUCCUGCAGAUGGGUUACCUAAUCAAACACACCCAGUGGUGCAUUCUUAUUCUCGACCUUCCUCUCGUGCUUUUGGGGCCACACGGCCCUGUGAGAGUCCGGCCACUACUCUGUGGGCUCAGAACGAUCCUGCAAGCUUGGGUGCUAACAUCCUCCUUGCUCCUGCAGCACCGACGGUGUUGGCCCCUUUAAGAGAACCCAGUGCUGAUGUUAUCCAACCACCAGAAGAUAGUCCACUGGACCUGCAGCCCUCUCAGAGAGUUCACACAGCCAGUCAGCAGCACUCAGAGAACCUAGAAAACCCACCAAAGGUGAGUGAUGCAGAGCCAGCUGACUCUCAAAGCAGCCUAGGUUAUGCAUCUCUGCUUGUCUCUGGCUCACCCCACCAACCUGUUUUAAUUGCCCCGCCUGUAUCCAAUUACAGUGUAAUUCCUCCCAGUAUUCCUACCCAAUCAUCAGCUCAGUCUAAUCAUGGAGAUGUGACUCCUGCCGAAAGAUCUCUCACCCAGGGGCUAGGUGCUAAUGCCUCCCAAUCUUCAGCCCCACCUAAACAAAAUCCUCUCCUUCCUUCUGGGUCCGGGCCUUUCUGUUCCUCUGCUCCCAGUCAGGCCCCACUCAAUCUGACUCGUAAUAAAUCAGCCGGAGCAACAUCAGAAAUCCCAACUCCACCACUCUCUCAACAAGUCCAUCCUCCUCUUUCACGGGGCCAAUCAUUGGGGGCGGAAAGCCAUUCUAGUGUUAAUUCACAACCUACUUCUCUUGCGACUACUUCUGUCUCUAAUCAUAAUUCAACAUUAAACUACGAACUGCUUGAUUUUUCUAUGCACCAAUCAUACGCCCAGAGCCAUGCAUAUGGCCAGCCGUCUUCUCUGCAUGAAGCAUCACAGUCUAGUAAUGGGUUUUACCUGCAGGUCACCAAAGAUGCUCAACAAGGGGUACGAGAUGUAGGGAAUGCCUCUGUCCAGACAACAGUUCCUUCAUCCAGCUCACAGGCAUCAACAGCACCCACUCAAGCUGCAGCUAACACUCAGCUGAUGCAAAAUGAACCUCCGAAAACAUCUGAUUCUCAGGUUGCAAUGCAGGGACAGAGGGAUGCCCCUCCUGUUCCUGUUAGUGGAACCCAACCUUCUCAUGGUCAAUAUUCAACUUUGGUACAAGAUCCUGCUGCAGGAAACACUCCUGCUCCUCCUCCUGCUGCUUCUGCAGCAUAUCCACCAGUUCCACAGGGACCACUACCUCCAGGGGUUUCUCAGCCAGCUCCAGCUGAGGCACCACGACCUCCUUCCUCUGCAGGGAGCCAUCAAGGCUAUGUGCAUCCACCUCCUCCUGUAGCAGGACAGGCCUAUAGUGGUUACUAUGGAAAUUAUGGCGAGUACCCAGACAGCAGAGGGCAGUAUCCUCCUGGCCAUUAUCCACCUCCAGCUGGAGAUCCUAGAGUGCAGCCAUAUUAUCAAGAUACUACCUACCGGGGAAGAGCCGAUCCUUGGUAUGGCAGAUACGACCCACAGAACCCAGGUUACCGUGAUCCAAACUACCAAUACAGAGAGCCACAAUCUGACCGACCCAGUUCUAGGGCCAGUCAGUACUCCGACAGGCCCUCAUCCAGGCAAGGCUAUCCUGAAGAUUACCAACGGGCAAACCGAAGCACCUACAGUGAAUAUUAUGCAGAUUACCCCAAACACUAUGAUUAUAGAGGGUACAGAUACGGACAGUAUGACCAACGAUACGCGGGAUACUACGAUCAAUCCUAUUGGUCUUAUUACAAUGAAUCCUACAAAAAUGGCUAUUAUAACCAGCAGUAUCCUGCCAGGAAAGAUGGCUAUGAUGACCAGUGGCAGUACUACCCUGGGUAUGAUCCCAGCUUUGAUGAGGACAACAUGCGAGGAAGAGAGGCUUAUGGGGAUGACUUUGACCGGCGCAGCGUGCACAGUGAGCAGUCGGCACACAGCGUGCACAGCUCUACUAGUCAUCACAGCAGACGAAGCAGCUUCAGCUCACGGUCACAGCAGAGCCAGGUGUACAGGAGCCAGCCUGACUUGUCUACAGUUUAUGAUGCAACCCAAUCCACUCUGCCUGUUGACUACUCUCAUGCGCACUACCCAAAUCAAGCGGAUGCCUCUCAGAACUACAGCCAGUACAUGUAUCCCUCAGAAUACACUGCAGACAGUACCUGGAUUGCCCCAGAGCAACCUCCUCCUCGUCCUGCAACUCCAGAGAAGUAUACCAUGCCCCACCGUUGUGCUCGCUUUGGACCUGGUGGUCAUCUGAUCCAAGUCCUGCCUAAUCUCCCCUCAGCCGGGCAGCCAGCUCUGGUGGAGAUCCACAACAUGGAGACCAUGCUGCAGGACACCUCUGAUCAGGCUGAACUGCGUGGGUUCCCUGGACCUCUGAUUAAGGAGGAGACCCACAAGGUUGAUGUCAUCAAAUUCUCCCAGAACAAAGCAAUGGAAUGUUCUCGUGACAACAACCUCCUGGACAGAGACUCUGCUCGCCUGCUCUGGGACUUCAUCAUGUUGCUUUGUAGACAGAAUGGAACUGUGGUCGGCACAGACAUCGCUGACCUUUUGCUGAAGGAACAUCGCUCUGUCUGGCUGCCUGGCAAGAGUCCCAGUGAAGCCAACUUGAUCGAUUUUAACAACGAACCUCUUGCGCGAGCUGAAGAGGAGCCUGGAGCUGGGCCGUUGUCCCUCCUGUCCGACACUUUCAUGAUCGUCCCGGAAAAUAUUGGCAAGGAAACAGAACGCUUCAGGGAGCUGCUUCUGUUUGGACGCAAAAAGGAUGCCCUGGAAGCAGCCAUGAAGGGAGGCCUUUGGGGUCACGCUCUGCUGUUGGCUAGUAAGAUGGACAACAGGACACACGCACGUGUCAUGACGAGGUUUGCUAAUAGUUUGCCAAUGAACGACCCUCUUCAGACUAUGUACCAACUGAUGUCAGGAAGAAUGCCUGCUUCAGCAACUUGCUGUGGAGAGGAGAGGUGGGGUGACUGGCGCCCUCAUCUGGCCAUGGUGCUCUCAAACCUCACACACAAUAUGGACCUGGACACCCGCACUAUCACCACUAUGGGAGACACUCUUGCUUCUAAGGGUCUAACUGAUGCUGCUCAUUUCUGCUACCUGAUGGCCCAAGUUGGCCUGGGAGUUUACACCAAGAAAAGCACCAAGUUGGUCUUGAUUGGCUCCAACCACAGUUUGCCCUUUAAUCAAUUUGCCACCAAUGAAGCCAUCCAAAGAACUGAGGCCUAUGAGUAUGCUCAGUCUCUGGGCUCCCAGCAUUGUUCACUGCCCAACUUCCAGGUGUUUAAAUUGAUCUAUGCAUGCCGACUGGCUGAGGCAGGCCUGUGUGCCCAAGCUUUUCAUUACUGUGAAGUGAUCUCAAAGACGGUCCUCAUGCAUCCCUCUUACUACUCCCCUGUGUUCAUCAGCCAGAUUAUACAGAUGUCAGAAAAGCUGCGGUUCUUUGAUCCACAACUUAAGGAAAGACCUGAGCAGGAGCUGUUCAUUGAGCCUGAGUGGCUGAUCCACCUCAAACAGCUGGAUGGACAGAUCAAGACCGGAGUGAUUACAUAUAAUGUGGACAGAAGUACUCCAGCACAGUUUGACUGCAGCAGUGAAAGUUCAGACUUGGAUCACCAGAGUCCCCCUGAACCUUACAACAUGCCACUGGAAGUGGAUGGUCAAGCCCCUGAAAACCCACUCAUGAGCUCAUUAGUGCCUGGGCCCCCUCCACAGGGAGUGCAGUUGAUGCCUCCAGCUCCUGCUUCUAUUCUCCAAGACGGGAUGGCUCCGCCUCAGCUCUCAUCCUCCAGUGACGUUCCCCAGUUCUACCCUGUACCCCCUAGUGGGCCGCCAGGCCAAAUCCCCAUGCCUGGAUUUCAUCCACAGGAUCCUGGCCUUGCCCACCCUCCCUUCCAGCCUCAACAUGAGCAACCAAAUGCUUAUCCUGGAGCUCACCAGCAACAUGGUCCUCCUCCACAAGAGGGCCAAAUGUCCCCUCACAUGCCUACAUCACAGGUGUCACAUUCACCUGUCCAAAUGACCCACCCACCUUUUCAGAUGCCCCAGCACAUGCCCCCCUCUCCUGGACACAUGGCCCCCAUGGAGCAGCCACCCCUGUCCCACCCAGAGAUGCAUCCGUCACAUAUAAUGUCGUCCUCCCCACCCCGGAGCUCCUUCACUCCUCAGAUGGACUUAUAUGACCACAUGGCAAAUAUGGGCUCGAGAAGAUCAAGGACAACUUCACAGUCUUCAAUGCAUUUGCCAUCAGGACGCAGCUCUCGCAGAGCCUCUGAGUCAUCAACUCACUCCGGAAGAGAGCGGAGCAACUCUGCUGUGAAACAGGCCUCUCCACCGCCGCCCUCUAUCCCCGAACAGCCGCGUAAAGAAGAGCCCAAGAAAGCCAAGAAAGAUUCUCCAGAAAAGAAUAAAGGCUGGUCGUUUUGGCCCUUUGGGAAGAGGAAAAAUGAGGCUCAUUUGCCAGAUGACAAAAAUCCUUCUAUUGUUUGGGAUGAGAAGAAAAAUAGAUGGGUUGACUUAAAUGAACCUGAAGAAGAGAGUAAGCCCCCUCCUCCACCUCCCACUGGUUUUCCCAAGAUGCCUCAAAUGCCUGGUCCUGGAGGGCCCCCUGCCCCUCCAGGUACUGGUUCUGCCGUCAAUAUGUUUUCCAGGAAAGCAGGCACCAAAAGCAGAUAUGUGGAUGUUCUGAACCCGAGCAGAACAUCUAAACCGAGUGGAGCGGCCCCAGCUCCAGUGGACCUAUUCGCUCCUUUGGCUCCAAUGCCCAUGCCUGCUAACCUGUUUGUGCCUAGUUCAGCGCCUAAUGACCAACAACCCCUGGAAGGCAGUGAAGGUGGAAAUCAAGAGCAGAAUUCACCAAGCAGCAGCGCUGCUCCACAGGUGUUUAACCCAACACUGUUACCGCCAGCCCCAGAAGGACCUCCUGUUCCAGAUGGUUUGCAAUCAGGCGAGCUGUCACGUUCUAGCUCAAUGAGUUCUUUAUCACGUGAAGUGAGUCAGCAUUUAAACCAGAGUCAUCCUGCCCAGGGUACUGCACCCACCGGAGGUGUCACUUUUUAUAACCCUGCUCAGUUUGCACAGACAAGUGCGCCAUCAGGAGGUGGACCACGGUCUAGUCGGUUGAGCCAGCGCUAUCCAGUUUCGAAGUAAAGGAACAUCCAAGAGAGACUAAAUAACUGAACUAAAUGGACAAAAUGUGAUUCUACCUGGAAGUAAAUGAAGCACACGGACAUACUGCUCUCUGUCUUAAAGAACUCCUCCUCUUGCCUUCAUUUAAAAGCUUGAUCUCAUUAUGUGGGUUUUCGUCCAAACAGCUUAACCAGUUUUUCAUUUUGUUUUUUUAACCAUCAGCCCAGUAGGUUUCACUGGUGUGUUUGUCACAAAUGAGAGUUUCCAUGAAGGGCUUAUUCCUGAAACCAAAACGGGGGUUAGAAAGUGAUUUGCAUCAUGAAUACAUUCUUAAACAAACUGUGCUAUCAUGUUGGCAUAAAUAGUCUACAAUAAAUGCCUCACUAAACUAAAGCUGCCAGAUGUAACACUAUAAGCAGCAUGAUCAUCCAGUGUCCCAUUUUACACUCGUUUUUUUUGUCCGAGCUCCAUGUCAGGGUGGUUGUGUGAAGGAUAAGAAGCAACUGGCACCUUUUUUUUUUUUUAUUUCAUACAGGAGAUUUCUAAAAGCAGCAUCUGUGUUGAAGGUGGCAUCUUGUGAUCAUUUUGCUUGUUUGUCUUGCUGUGUAGACAUUUCCUUUAGGUCCAUUGAAAGAACCCUGAAGAAACGUAUGCAGUGAUUGGUCGCUGCUUCUUUCAGGUAUUUAUUGAACCCCGGUCCCUCCCCCAUUAGUUAUUAAACUAGGGGGUCUUUUUGUCCAACUUCCUCUCCAAAUUCGGAGCUGUCCACUUCAAAUUGAGGGACGAUUGUUGGAAUAGCAAGAGCCGGAAUUCAAGAUGGAUUUUAAAUAUUGCAGAAAAUGAAUCUAUCCAAAUAUUUGUAUAUCAGAUCGAUUGUAUUUAUGACCUGUAGACAAAAGGUGAGUGCGUGUGUGUGUGUGUGAGAGAAUACUAAUUUUUUUUCCAAAUAGUCUUUGACCAGAUGCAUUAUUGAUUAAAGAAAUUACAACAAUCGUAAUCUAUUGGUUUGUAUUGGCUGCUUCUGCAUAAAAAUAAACUGUGAGCUAGCCACACCCUAAAUACGUUGUCAUUUUAGUUUACAAAUGUAAACCCUAAAUCUGACAGGUGUCUCAAAUGUUACUUGUUCGUUUAUUUCGUCAACGUCAGUUUGAGCUUCUAAAAGCUGGAGGCGAGGAUGUUUCCCAUUGUCCUGGAAUUUCAACUGUGAAAUCAACGAAAAAAUCAAUACAAAUAAUGGAAACAAAUGGUAAUAAAUUUAUUUUUGCGCUCUGUAGCACUUUGAUAGAGAUGUCUAAUGGUGUCAUUUACUAUAUAAAAACUAACUUUGAAUCAA